ACAAACGCAUUUAGACCUAGGCAACUGAAGCUUUCUUCAAACAAAGGUAAAUUUUUGAACAAGACCGUGGCCGACUGCGCUGCGACUUACUCUAAUAACAUGGAAGGCUAUCCACUACUUCUCAGAAACUAUGUCGUCGUAAUGGGGAUCUUUGCUACAUUUCCAAGUAUUUCUACAGGUGACACUCUAACCUGUGUUCGUGUAGUCUGUAUUUUUAGUAGUCUGGGUCCCCUGGAACAUAUUUUCAGUACAUUCCUAAAGCUUUCAUUUUUUCUUACUUUUUCCUUACAGCUUUCAGUCAAGGAUCGAUUGGCAACUUUUUCUACGUCAACUUCAUGACAAGUGAAUUUUCCUACCUGAAUAUCUCCAGUAUUGGACGGAGUCUAAUUCAGGACGAAAACGAUUGUGGCUACGCCUGUCUAGAAAUUCCUUCAUGUUUUUCCUACAACGUGGCUGCCUUUCCUGAUGUCAACGGUAAACUUCUUUGUGAACUCCUGCCAUCGGACAAGUUUAACAACUCACAUAAGUUCAACGCCAGCAAUGAGUUUCAUCACUUUUAUAUUCUGGUAAGUCAAACUUCUAAUUAAUCAAAAAUGUUCCUUCUAGGGAAAAUAAAAAGUUUCUUCUUGUUUGUUUGUGUGAUUAUUUUCUUUUGACUCUCGCUAGUUUCGAAAGUUAGCAUUUGUAAAUCAAAAUGUAUCUCUUCGCUUGGAAAAUCUUGAAUGCAGUGGAUCACGUUGUGCUUCAAAUGCAAAGGAAUUCAAAGGACUGAAAAGGACAGGAAUGCAAAGGACUCUUAAUUUAAACAUCUUCUGAUGCCCAAACAUACUUGAUGAAGUCGAUAUAUUUAUGUUCGAAUGUCCUAAACGUUAGUGAGAGGAAAGUUUUGCUGACAAAGGUCUCGACUGAAAUAUUUUUCCGACAAAAAGCUUUCAGCUCGUAAAACACAUUUGUCAUAUCAUGAUUUUUUCUUAUUAUUUGUUUGCAUACUUGGCUUGCCUUAAAAGUUACAGAAACGUUUUAAUACUCCUGUUUUGGGCUAAUCUUUUUCCAGCUAGACUAUAUCAGCACAACGCCUUUAAAUUCGGUAGCAUCUCUGCAAAUUUCUGGGUAAAUGAAACAGCGUUGACUUUCAAAACCUCACUAAAAACUGAACUGAGCAAACCCAGCGGGGAGUGCAAAAGAUAAAAAUGUAUAUUGCUUGCCGUCCUUAAUUAUAUCGAUGUCAUUUAAGCAUCGACAUGUAUGUCAAAUUCGUUGUUUUUUGAAUCCAUGAAACAAAGCGAAAGGGAAAAAAAGAAAAUUUAAUCCCAACUUUUGUAGGUUUAUAGUACGCUGAAUUUAAUCCAGGGUUCAGCACGUUUAAGUAGUUAUAACAUCAUAUAGUGAAGACAAUGAAUGUCUAUAGUUUUCAUACUGAAAGUUGACUAAGGCCCCGAAACUUUCUCACUUCCUGGUGCUUUUCUUGUUCUGUUGGACAUCAGUGACUAUGGCAACACAAAGUACCUCACCUGUUAACCUAUGGGAACAUUCAACUGAGGGAAUUCGUAUCCAUUAAAAGUUCCUGGCAAUAAAUAAAUUUAAACGAGUAAACUGCCUUGUUGAAACAAUUUUAUUGUAUCGAGUUCUUCGUUCUUUUUCAUACAAGCGAACCACUUUGAUCCUAAUGUUUGGCUGAUUCAAUGGGAUAUUGCCAUAGCAACGCACAUUUAAAGAUAGGACUGCCACCUGUAACUGAUGAACCGUUCGUGUUUUGUUAUUAUGAAAAAAACUGCUUUUGUAAUUGCGUCACAAGAAAUACAUGUUACUAGCAGUAUAAGUGCUACACUAUGAAAAAGCAAGCAUCAAGUUUUCUAAAAAACGGAGACAAUAAUUAAGGGACUUAUCAAAGUCUGCUUUACAUUUUUUAGAGCUGCGCAAACUUCCCGUUACUUGAUCUCAUUUUAUUAUUUCAAUUUUUUUUUUUACCUUUUCUUUCUUCGUCCUUAUUUCGAGAAACACCUCGAUUUUUGUAGCCUGUUAUGUAGGCUCCGAGAUAGUAGUGCAGCGGGAGCAGGGACGGAGAGGACCAUUUUUUUUUUCCCGCCGCUAUCCCCUUUCCUAGAUCGCGUGCGUUUUAUUUUUAAAUAGUUUGCUUAUUUUAUAUCUUACCGACGUCCCUACUUUGAGAUCCUACUCAGUAUACCCGUAAGUUCAACAUGGAUGAUUGAAAACAAGCCUAAAAUUUCGAAUUUAUUAGAUAGAUUUGGUAGAUUUCUUGAUGAGUUAGUACACAACUCAGUUAUGAUUAGUUACCCUCACUUUUUAAAACAACUUAAACAAAAUUUUAACAGUAUUUAUUUUAUUUUUUUUAACAAAAUAAGACAAAAAGUAAGCAUGUUAAACACUUAAGCAUUCGUUGAGAGCACACUACAUGUAUAUUUCAAAGGCGACGAAAACCUAUAAGAAUAAUUUUUUUACUGACAAUAAUUAACUUCUCGUCAUUUUUCUAAGCGUCUCCUCGUACUCUUUGUUCACGUAAAAAGCUUAUUGGCUGCAGUAUCUCCUCCUGCUAAAGAUGUUAUAAAAUUCGCAUAAAAGGGAUAAAGUACUGCUAAAGAAAUUGUGUUCAGCUUCCUUAAAAACCAACUGAAAGUUAGGUGGAAAGAAUUUUGCCCGAAAAAAAAGGUUUUAAUUCUUAGAGUGCCAUAAAAUGCAAUUUAAUUGGACAAAAAAAUUUACAAAGUAUAUGGAAUAGAAGACAGAAUUUCAUUAGAGUUCAUACAAAAACGUAGAAGAAAUGCAUUUAAAAGAUACCUUAUGCUGACCAGCUACGAAAGAAGCCAAGCAUUAAGUGUUUCUUCACGCCAUCGUGAGGCCACUCGCCGAUAAAUAUGUGCAGCAUGUUCAUCCCACAAAAGAAUACACUGACCACAAGCAACUUGCUGAGAAUACGGGCUGUGAGCCCACUCAGUGCGGCAAUUAAUACAGGUAUUAGGUAUAGCAUCUGUUCUCGAACAGCAAAACCAGACGGCGGCUCCCUGAAACAAUAGCUAACAAUUUGAUGACUAAGCGACUUAAAUUUAUUUAAUUACACGAGCUUAUUGCAUGCCAACCGAAGGGAAUUUUAGUUUGUAACUGCACUAAAUAUGAAGUUCAAAUUUCAGAUCAUCUGGGUCUUUUUAGGUGUCGAGCAAAGCAAAAUGCUGAUGAAUUUUUGAAAGUGUCAGGCACCGAUAAGAUAUNUUUUUUACUGACAAUAAUUAACUUCUCGUCAUUUUUCUAAGCGUCUCCUCGUACUCUUUGUUCACGUAAAAAGCUUAUUGGCUGCAGUAUCUCCUCCUGCUAAAGAUGUUAUAAAAUUCGCAUAAAAGGGAUAAAGUACUGCUAAAGAAAUUGUGUUCAGCUUCCUUAAAAACCAACUGAAAGUUAGGUGGAAAGAAUUUUGCCCGAAAAAAAAGGUUUUAAUUCUUAGAGUGCCAUAAAAUGCAAUUUAAUUGGACAAAAAAAUUUACAAAGUAUAUGGAAUAGAAGACAGAAUUUCAUUAGAGUUCAUACAAAAACGUAGAAGAAAUGCAUUUAAAAGAUACCUUAUGCUGACCAGCUACGAAAGAAGCCAAGCAUUAAGUGUUUCUUCACGCCAUCGUGAGGCCACUCGCCGAUAAAUAUGUGCAGCAUGUUCAUCCCACAAAAGAAUACACUGACCACAAGCAACUUGCUGAGAAUACGGGCUGUGAGCCCACUCAGUGCGGCAAUUAAUACAGGUAUUAGGUAUAGCAUCUGUUCGCGAACAGCAAAACCAGACGGCGGCUCCCUGAAACAAUAGCUAACAAUUUGAUGACUAAGCGACUUAAAUUUAUUUAAUUACACGAGCUUAUUGCAUGCCAACCGAAGGGAAGUUUAGUUUGUAACUGCACUAAAUAUGAAGUUCAAAUUUCAGAUCAUCUGCAAUCUUUUUAGGUGUCGAGCAAAGCAAAAUGCUGAUGAAUUUUUGAAAGUGUCAGGCACCGAUAAGAUAUGUUCAGUAUUUAUUUAUUUUUCAUUCAGUCAGUCCGUUUGCUUAGACACAGAUAUGACUAAUGACAGUUUUGCUAGACUGAAAAGGGGAAGUGCCUUGAAUUGUCUUUUCUCAUUUGUAGCAACAAAAUAAAGUCCGGAAGAUUCAUCGAUAUUUUGUGUGCGUUUUUUCCUAUGCACUUGUUCCAUACGAGAUGGUAAUAGCCAACCUAUAUCCAGAACAACGCGCAGGUGGAAUAAUUGUGUUAAUUCUACAUGUAACUAAAACUUGGGGCUCAGCUUGGUCGACGAAAGUCAAUCGCUGAAUUUGCCGUAAAUUCAGCAUCUUUCUAAUAUGGAUAAAUGUUAUGCGUCACGUUACUGGAUACUUUGACUUUGCUAUAAAAUGGAUUUUACUUACAACCUUAUCCUUUCCUUUCUGUAGUCUCCUUGUGACAGUUCACCCUGUAAUAACACUGGAAAAUGCAUUUCGUUGUACCAGGAAAAUGGAUAUAAGUGUAUCUGCGUGGAAGGAUUCACCGGAAAAAACUGCAAAACGAGUAAGAAAUACUGAGUUGAAACAAUGUUGCUACUAACUAUAAUACAAUCACAGGUGACACACUAUUAACGCACUUUGCAAGUGGGAACGGUAAUCAGCAUGAAGCUCUUGUACUUAUUUUAGGUAUUAUAUUAUUGAUUUUUACUAGUUGAGCUCACUACAACAGGAAUUGGGAACGCAAAAUAGAUAAAUGGCCAAUGGCCUCUGACUUUGAAACGUUAUAGGCCAUUUCGUGAAAGUAUGGGCCAUUGAAGUCAUGGGGUGGGCCGAAUAAAAAGGAAGAAGGAAAUGAUAUGUGCAAAUUCGUGCUAGUGUGUGCAGUACUUCGUGUAUUUUUUUAAUGUGCAUAAGUACAGAGUAUUCUUACAGUUUUAAAUACUUAAUAAUAAUAAUAUUUUGCAACCGAGGGUUGUUUUUUGUUGUUGUUUUUUUGUUUUGCCAUGACUUUGAGGCAAAUCUUACGAAACAUGGCAUCUCUUUCAAACACCAGCCACGGCCACAGGGCUAGCCGCUUCGACUGGAAUUUCCUGUCUUCGUUACAUGCAGGCCUUGAGAGUGUGGAGGGCGUACUUGUUUCGCCAGAUGGACCUUCAAAUUCGUCAGUCGCAUCGUUGUUGUUAGUUGUCGGUGGGACUGGGCGUUCAAAUUCAUGCUAAAUAAAAACUUGAAAGUUUUCUUUGGCCUUGAAAAUCUAAUUUAGGAGCUUUCUUCGGAGGCGUUAUCUCACUAAUUCAAAUGCAAAUGAAUUCAUUUCGGCCAGAAAGACGAAAACGACGAAGACAAAAGUUCGACAGAAAUUUGUUUGCAAACUGAGUGCGAGUGGAGGUCUGGGGACGAAAAUAAACGAACACGAUCAUCUAUCAAAGAAACAAAGAAAAAGGUCGAUAUUUCAAGUUUUUAUUUGUCGUAACACAAAAUUAAUUCACAGAUUGAAGUAGUUAUCUCCUUAUCACCCGACCAGGGCGCAUAUUGGGUUCGGUUAGCAGUUUUGUCUGGAUGCAACAUUUUCUAAAUUUAUGCGCCAUACGCGCAUGGCACACCGCCCUCGUAAUCCCUGCUACGAUUAAAAAAUCCAAUUGAGGGGAUGAUUUAAAAACUACCUUGAAAGUCGGACAAUAAGUAUCACUCUGAACUUUUACUUUUCCUUGACGUUACCGGACCACAAAUUUCAAUUUUCUUUCUUGAUCGAUACAGUAACUUAUUUAUAGACAGGUUUCUCCAACGACCUCUAGAACAACGUUUACUUUUACUAGUGGUGUUUUGGCUCUUGCUAAAAUCUAAUGUACCUUGGCUGAAGGGUAUCUAUCAUUCUUUUUUUUUUUCUUUUAAUAUUUUUGAUUCUCUCUCCUGCAGAUGUAAAUGACUGUGUCAAUAUUACUUGUUUGAACAACGGAACUUGCAUCGACCUAAUCAAUGGCUUCAACUGCAAUUGCCCUCCAGGAUUUGCCGGCAACCGAUGCGAAGUUGGUAAGAUACUUGUUGUUGCUAGUUGCAUUGCGUAUCCGCCAAAACCUUCAACUUGCUAUGUAUCCGUUUAAGCACCUAAUGUUGGGCGCUGUUGAAUGCUGAUGGCCGAUAAAUAUGGAUCAAUUUUAAGCUAUUUUAAAUCCCUAUUACAUAUAUGGGUUCUUCAUCAUCCAACAAUGUUAUGAUGUUAUACAAACAUACGCUUUUAUCGGGUGGCUCUAGGGUCCACUGGAUGUAUGUUUUGCACUUUUAUUGACCUUUAAUUCGUUUCGGUCCAUGCAAAUGCUGAAAAAAAAAAGAACUUGGCAAAUAAUAACGCAUAUAUCUUAGCCCAACAAGUUUGGUCAUUAACGCAUACAUAAUCAUUCGUAAUUAAUUUUUUAUUAUAUUUCCUUCAGAUAUAAACGAGUGUGAGAGCAAUCCCUGUUUAAACAACGCAACAUGCACUGAUCGAAGCAACGGAUUCAAUUGCACUUGUCCACCAGGAUUUUCGGGCAAUCGAUGCGAAAUUGGUUAGCUGAGUUUAGCUGUUAAAAUAAUUGUUUAUCGGCUUGAAAAUCUAUACACAAACUGUCGAUGUUAGGUCUUGCAUGUUCAUUUAUUGUUGUUUUUGUUAAGAAAAGAUUUAUAACUUUAUUUCGCAGCUUUCAAUUGACCAUUCCAGAAAAUGCCAUAACAUUCUUCUAACCAUAAUGUUCUUUUUUUGUCACACCAAAAUUUUUCAUAAGCAUUGUCUUCAGUUUCUCUUGGGAGUUAAAAUGGCCCCAAGAGAAACUGAAAACAAUGCUUAUGCAAAAUUUUGGGCUGACAAACAAAGAGUAUUAUGGUGUGUCAUGGCAUUUCCUGGAGUGGUCAAUUCGUUGAAGUCUAUGCACUAAAGAACCCAUCAUAAAAGUGGGUUUUUGUUUCUUUUUUUGUUUGCAAUUUAUCUGAGUGUGAUAAUUGUUUCCUUUAGAUAUAAACGAGUGUGAGAGCAGUCCCUGUAUGAACAACGGAACUUGCACUGACCGAAUCAGUGCAUUCAACUGCAGUUGCCCGCCAGGAUUUUCUGGCAAUCGAUGUGAAAUUGGUUAGUAUAGUAGUGUUAAGCUAAUUACCCUAUAAUGUCCUCGUAAGGUUAAGACGUGCUCAAAUGUCAAAGCCUAUCCCUCACUUCAGAACCUUCAAUGGGAAUGGUUACAACGUUUGGGAGGACAGGCGUUAGUUAUGAUUGGUCCAGAUGGUAUUCGAGGCAACCAUUAAUUUCUUCCAAAAUGCAACUUGUCUGCCCCCCAAAAUUUUACAUAAGCAUUGUUUUUAAUUUCUUUUGGAACGAUUAUAAUACCCAGGAGAAAUGAAAAACAAAGGUUAUGCAACAUUUUAGGGGGCAAACAAGGUGUAUUUUGGUAGGUGUGCAAAUGGCGAAUCAAUCAUAAGUGAAGCUUGCCUACCAAACAAUUCCAGAAAUCGCUGCUCCGAAAACUGGUCCCUAUUCUCAUUAUAUUUUCUGGUAAAGGGAAUUACAUUAGUGUAACAGCAGCCCAUAAUUGUAUCACGCAAGGUGUACUUUACUUAAAAAAAAUGCUACGUUUUGCUCUCUGUAUCGCAUUUUGCGGGUGUCGAUUGACUUCUGUGCUGUAAAGAAAAAGAAGUUUACUUUUAUUAUAUCUCCUGCAGAUGUAAACGAGUGUGACAGCGGUCCCUGCUUGAACAACGGAAAUUGCAGUGACCGAAUCAACGCAUUUAACUGCAGUUGCCCGCCAGGAUUUGCCGGGAAUCGAUGUGAAAUCGGUUAGAUUGUUUUUAAUUAGCUAGCUACAAUUUUGCAUUUCUUAACUUUUAUCAUUAACUUGUGUCCUAAUUUUGAUGCGCGUUUGGAUAUCAUUCUCUGUUACAGACAUUAACGAGUGUAAGAGCAACCCUUGUCUCAACAACGGAACAUGCAACGACCAACCCAACGGAUUCAACUGCAGUUGUCCACCUGCAUUUGCUGGAAAGCGAUGUGAAACUGGUUAGCUGUGUUAAGUUGUAUCUUGAAAAGUUGUGGUGAAAAAUUUGUUUAACUCUCUACCAAGUAAAAGUAAACUUAAACUGACUGUUUUAGCUAAUCAUAAGCUGUUAGGUUUUCUCUAAUACACGGUUUGGCGUCUUAUUAAGACUUAAUGACGGUUUCUUGACAAAUUGGGUUUCUUCUUACUAGCAGGGAUCGCUAGAAAAGGCAUUAGUUUCAAAUCAAGUGAUACAAAAACAUCAGUUAAAUGCGCUGCCCCCUUCCUCCUCCCUCCCCCCUCCAUCAUCUUCAAUCACGGUCAAGAGCCAUUGUGGCUCUUGCCCACAGACGAUUAGGCCUGGAAAACAAAUUCUUCUCAGACAAAAUACACCAGUCGCCCGCCUACAACACCAUUAUUUUUUGAGGUUUAUUGGACAGCGACGAAAUCUAAUGCUAUAAAGGCCGGUUAUAAGAUACGAUAAUCCUCGGUGGCAGCCAAUUUAAACGUUGUAAUUUAUAGGUCGCAUUUUGCACAACAAAGUAUACAAUUGACCACAUUAUAAAACGUUUUUCAUGAAUAGAAUUCCAUAACGUCGGGACUAUUUAGUCAGAACAACCUGCUCCUUUGUAGUAUGCAGGGUAAUAAUGGGCUUUUAGCGAAAACGUUCAAAAAAUUUCCAAAAUCACCUAUACGGCCAGCCGGUUCUCACUUUUGAACAAGCGCGAAAUUUGCAGUGCGAGAUAUGGAGUAUUUGAAUGAACAUAGGAGUUACGCUCCAACAUAAUAAAUAAUUUGUUAUGUUUAUUUUUUAUUCCAUGGUUUUAUUAUGUGUAAUCUUUAAAAGCGUUUGAUAUGCGCGGUAUUUUGAGUAUUCCUGCAAAGGAUAUUCAUUUACGACUGAAAACAACCGGUACAACGAUUAAAACUGCAAGAGAGACUAUUAACAAUCAAUAUAAAAGAAAUAUGAUUCCGUGAAACAUUUACAUUUUCAUUCACGAAGACAAGUAUUGAGAUUAAAGGGUCUCUAAAAAUCCUGAGUCAUGUAAGUAUAUAAGCUGUUAAAAAACCUUGCAGAUUUAAGGUUAAGCUUUUGUUUUAGCCGGCUGGCUUCCCAGUGUUGCUAUUUUUCUAGAUGAACUGAAGGCAAGAAUAUCGCUGAAAGUUUUCUUUUUACAGCCAAUAUCUUAACUAAAUAUUCUAUUUGCGGUCCGAAAAUGUCUAAAGGCUUUUUAAAGUUCUGUAAGUGAAUAAAUAUAAUAUAUAGAUUUAGCCAGGGCUAAAGGCGAAGCUCCUACUAACUCGAAUUUAUAAUUUAAAUCAAACAAUUGUAAACUUGUAUUCCACAAAUCAGUUAACUUUAGAGCACAUUCAAGUGACUUUUGACGGAAAGGCUAAGUAAUUUUAGAGAAAAAUAAUUUGCAAACAGUCCAAGCUAAGAGUGAAAUUAAUCUUACAUCGACUUGAUAGCCUUAUAUGUACACCUAAAAAAUAGCAUAGCCAUAAUGGUUCUUGAUCACAGUACAUUAGGAAAACAAAUCAGGCCGAAUUUUUUGCGUUCGAUAAGUUUACUUUACAAAAUCUCGCCAACAAGUCUGGGGACGUGUAAACCAACCUUUUAUAUUUUUUAUACAUCAGAUCUGAGGUGAAACAGUACCAUGAGGCGCUGUUUUUAUCAUACAGGCCUCGCACAUAAUGCAGUAUUUCACAAUUUUGCAAUACAAAUUGCACUCAUUCAAUAUUCAGGACGAUCGAAACACGCGUUAGCGAAACGGUUAAAAAAAUUUCCAAUAUCACCUAUACGGCGAGCCGGUUCUCACUUUUGACAAGCGCUAAAGUCGACUGUUUAAAUUAAGAUUAACACAAUUAUACGCUUCAGCAUAAUGGCUUUAUAACGAUGUGUAAUCUUCAAAAGCGUUUGAUACACGCGGCAUUUUGACUACUCCUGCAAGCUGUGUUCAUGAGCGACUGAAAACAAACGGAACAACAGCGAUGAAAAUUGCAAAAGAGACCACUAACAAUCAAUAAAAGGAAAAUAAUUCGGUGAAACGUAUACAGAGACGGCAAUUUUCAUUCACGAAGACAAGUAUUAAAGUGUCUCUGAAAAUCCUUGUUUAUGUUUUAAGCCGGCUUCCCGGUGAUUGCGUUUUUCAAAGAGAAAGCAAGAAAAUCGCUCAAAGCUUUCUUUUACAGCCAAAAUUAUAACUAAAUAUUCUUUGGAACGUUUUCUUUCUAUUUGCGGUGAGGAAAUGUCUGAAGGCUUUUUAAAGUUCUAUAAGCUUAUAAGCAAACCUGAUACUCGAUCGGAUCAUUGUCUCAAAUCUUACAAACGUGCAUAAACUAAAUAGCCCCAUAAACUACACUCGACUUCAUUGAAUUAGAUAUAAAAAACAGACAUCAAAUAAAAUAAUUACUCAGGCUUACCAUUCAAGAUGCACUGAAAACUAUCAAGUAAGGCCAAAAUCGCUUCAGACUUUUCAACCCUCUUACGCAUCAAGCAAGGUGAAAAACGAAAACGAUGCCAUCCGAAAUCGGAUUUCCGACUUUGACAAGCGACGUAUUUCUCAACCAAAAACCCGAUAAACAAACUAGCCAUGAAUAACAGAAGACUCUUGACAGCAGCUGAAUUUCAUUUUGUACAAUGUUCAGUGGAAAAAGACAGUUAAAAACAUCACAAGUUGACACAAAACUCUGUCAGCUUCAGCUGUCAAAGUAAACAAGUUUCAAGAUGCUGCAUAAAUUUUCCGCAUGAACAUGAACUCACCUGUCAAAUUUUGACCAAUCAGAGCAUAAAAAUUGGACGUAGAGCGUGACCAACGCGUGACCUUGGCUAGAAAAGUCAAAAGCAACUGGCAUGUCUUCCCUGCCUGUAAAAACUGGCUGAAUCUUAGCUUCCGAGGUCAAUUUGAAAUCAAAAUUUUAAUUGUGCUGCACAUAUAAAAUACAUAUUUCAUAUGAAUUGAAAAAAUUAAAGUUGAGCCUGCAAUCAUUUGAAAACUAGUAACUUGUCAGCGGAUAACUUCAAAAAAUAGCCGACCUCGAUGGGUCGACACCUGAGCCCGCGAUAUGGUCAGGUGAUACUGGUCAGCGGGACCUUGUUUUGACAGCUGUCAAUUGGUCACAACAUUGAUGUGCAAUAUGUGUGCAAUAUCAGUCUUCCUGUGCUCCCAAACUAGCUAGAAAGUGUGGGAUUGAACAUUGGUUGCCCUGUGGUGCGGACGGACGGGCGGCGGGCGGGCGAGCGGUGUACGGUCAUGUGAUUACCAAAUUUUCUGGGAUAGGUAGAUUCACUUACCCAUGGUGCUCCGCAGGCGCGCUUCGCGCGCCAGAGCUCCGCUAUAAAGCAUGAGACGCAGCAUCCUCAGAGACCCAGGGGCAGUCAGUCGGGUCUGGAGGAAAGGCGGGACGAAAGUUUUCAAGUACGGGGAAAGAGCCCCUGGGUACCGACUCGAUCACCGAACUAUUUCCAAAAAUUCAAGCGGAAGCCGGCUCCUGAUUGGACACAAAAAAUGCUUUCUAUAAUUGUGCCAAAUCGGCGAACAGUUUCUCCUGAGUUCUUUUCGUGAGUUCGUAUACGACGGCUAUUGUCUGGCCACACUUUCACCAAGCUUGUGCGUGCAAGGGAAACUUUAAUUUAUUUUAUACUUUCCUAACCAGAAACAAAGGAACUACCGAUGAAUCGAAAAAAAUGUUUGGGGUGCUAUCAGCAGGAGCAAUUCGGGAAUUUGCCCCGAGAAUAUUCUGGUUUUGACGGAUCAGAAGGUAUCGUAAAUAAUAGGAAGUUUGGGAUAUGGUGGCGACGAGAAAGUCAAAUAAGCAAUAGCUUGACAAGGCAAAACGACAACUUUGCACGUGCAUCACGCUGUUUUGUACAUUUCGUUGCCCGUCAACUGCACGACUACCCAUGAAAAUGCCUAAUUUCACGUUUUGUGAAGGACGUAAACAAGCGAUGACAAAAUUCAUUCUCUUCAUGAACUUGGAUAUGGUUGAUAGAAAUUCAGCUCCAGAAGAGUUCGCUUGCAUUUGACAAAGUAAGCGAGAUGUUGAAAUAAUCACGAUAGAGAUUGAAAAAAUGUGAAUUCACUUUUCCAUGCGACGUUUUCGUGGCUGUACAUCAGCCGUCGUGGUAUGUUUUUAAAACUCCCUAAUAGUUACGCAAGACGUGACCGAUGCAGGCGUGAAUACCUUUUGUAAGCUCAAGCUUGUAUUUUUGGAAAAGCGUCUUUAGUUUUCGGGAUCAGAUGGGGAUCAGAUCAGUGGGGAUUUUAUAUCAUACUGAAAGUUUCCUGACUGCGUGCAUUUCUUUGGUGCAUGAUCCAGACAAGCCGUGAUGGCGACAAUAGUGGUCGUGUACGAACUCACGAAAAGAACUGAGGAGAAACUGUUCCGCCGAUCGGGCACAAUAAUACAAAGCAUUUGUUGUGCCCAAUCAGGAGCCGGCAUCUGUUUGAAUUUUUGAAAAUAGUUCGGUGAGAGUCGGUACCCAGGUGCUCUUUCGCCCGUUCUUGAGGAAACUUUCGUCCCGCCUUUUCUCCCGACCCGACUAACUGCCCCUGGGUCUCCGAGGAUGGAGAGGCAGUGUCUCGUCACCAGAUGAAACACCGAGAAGAGAGUUGAAAAUUACGACGCGCAGCGGAGUAUUUUUGGCGAACUUCGCUAUGUUGAAUGCUUGAUAUUACUUCUCAACCAAAUGAUUUUAGAGGGAGAAAUUAUGGAUGCAAAAAUGAGCAGUUUUUCAGUUGAUUUCCAAACACUCAUAAAACAUUAAUUUUCUUUUGUAUUUUCUUUUAGAACUAUUAAUGAGUUUGCGAAGCUCUGAUAUCAAACCUGAUGCUAGGUCAGAUCAUUGUCUCAAAUCUUACAAACGUGCAUAAACUAGCCGUAUAAACAACGACCCGCUACACGAAACCAGAAAAAAAAAAAGUAAUCAAAUACUGUACAAUAAUUACUCAGGUUUACCAGUGGACAUGCAGCUCCUGCACAAACCAUCAAGUAAUGCACGUAAGGCCAGAAUCGCUUGAGAUUUUUCAACCUUUACGCAUCAAGCAAGGUGAAAAACGAAAACGAUGCCAUCCGAAAUCAGACAGCCGGCGAAUUUCUCAACCAAACUCCCAAUAAACAAACCAGCCAUGAAUGUCAGAAUAAUCUAGAUAGCAGCUGAAUUUUAUUUAGUACAUGUGGAAAAAGACAGUUAAAGGCAUUACAAGGUGACACAAAACUCUGUGAGCUUCAGGUAUCAGGAAACAAGAUUCCAGAUGCUGCAUAAAUUUUCUGCAUGAACUCACCUGUCAAAUUUUAACCAAUCAGAGCAUAAAAAUUGGACGUAGACCAUGACCAACGCCCGACCAUGGUGAGAAAAGUCAAAAGCAACUGCGUGAGAUCGUUAAGGUAUAGCGCGUCUUACCGUCAUUGACGGCCGUCUUGAUUUUCACAUGUACCGAGGAGGUGGGCGUCGGGGAUCAUAGCUCUAGUUAGGGGGGAGGGGGGGGGGGCGAGAAAAAUAGAGGGGCUGUAAUAGCAUCGCUGCAGCUCGCGUUCAAGGGGCGCGUUGUACCAGCAACGCAGGCGUUUGAUUGGUCGUUAGAUGUUAAUUUGCGUUCAUUACGGGUUUAGUUUAACUUGCCGACACUGACAAGUCGUUGACAAGUCGAAGUUUCAAUAAAACGUACGCUUUCAUACCAUAAGGUACUUCUUGAGCAAACACACGAAGGAUUUUUGGUAUUUUGCGGAUGAUUCACGUAAGUCAACAUGCUUUUGAAGCAGCCCGGCCAGGGGAAUGUUGUAACACAGUUUCUGCCAAAUGAAUCAUAAACGCUACGCCGACGCAAAAAAGAAGACCCGUCAAAAAUGCACGGCUUUUUAUCGGGAGGUUUAACCGUUUUAAUCUGUGGUGAAACGAGCAUGCUUAGCGCUUCGAUUAGGAAAAUGUUUCUCUUGUGCAUGUUUGCCUAUUUUAUUUGGAAGAAUGGCCCAGAAACAUUAUAAAAUCACUGUUUCGAAAGGAGAGAUUUGUAAACACGCGUAAUCGAUGCUAAAUGUGUCUGACAUGUUUUUCAUCGCCAGCGGAGUUGCUUGAUUAAUGAAUGGUAAAAAGCUUGAAAUCCUGUCACGCCUUCUGAAUGCUGGGUGCAGUGAUGUUGUUACAGUUCCUCUAUUUUUCUCCCUUCCUCCCAAACCGCCCCUGCCCAAAGUAGUUUUGACACUCAUUGAAGAUAGUAGCCCGUAACGCAAACCGCUCGAUCUCGACGAUCUCUCGGGAAAAUAGAGGACUGUGAACAGUCUAGCCUUCCCUGUCUGUAAUAGCUGACUGCAUGAAUUUUCGCGUCCGAGGUGAGCUUAAAAUCAAAAUUUUAAUAGUGCGGCUCAUAAACACAACUUAUUUCCUAUGCAUUAAAAAAAAAAAACUUGAGCCUGCGAGCAUUUGAAAACUAGUAACUAGUCAGCGGAUAACUUCAAAAAAUACUCGGUCUUGAUGAGUCAAUACCCGAGCGCGCGAUACCGUUAGGUGAUACUGGUCAGUGGAUACCCUGUUUUGACAGCUGUCAAAUACAUGAAUGGAAAAUAUCAGGUUGCACCUGAGCUCCCAAACUAGCAAGAAAAUGUGAGAUAAAACAUCGGUCUCCCUCUGAUGUGGACGGUGGGUCGGUGUAGAACCACGAGAUUACUAAAUUUUCUAGGAUGGACAGAGCUCCGCUAUAAGAGACUCACUGAGAUGUCCGCGUUUAAAUCAAGAGUGUAUCUCAGUCACUACACACUUAUGAUUUCAGAAAGGGCCGUUCAACUGACCCUUUGAAUGAGCGUUGGCUCCUGUGUAUUUUGGAAAUCGACUUAGUCUCUGGCAAUUAAAACGCGUCUUUUAGAAACGUACGUUGAAAUCGUACUUCAUUCUGGAUGUACUGUUAGCCCGAACGUACUAAUUGAGGACACUAUUUUAUUGAUAUGCUUCCUCGUGGAGACGGGACAGCUAUUUGUACGUGGUCAUGAGCUAAGCGAUAGUGUAGCCGUAGGUAGGGCGGGGGCAACUAGUACUUUCAUUUCUCAGUUAUUUCAAAAUCCUGGGUAUUAUUCCAGGCCCUGGAAGUGAGCCCGCGACCUCCCGCUUUGCAAUCAAGCGCUUUACCCCACUGAGCUUAUCCUGCCGCGGUAUAAACACGGUUGUUUUAGAUUUUUUCCACGAUACACAACCAAGCGUGAGAUAAGUUCUUACUUUGCCUUUUACUUUUAGGUUUCAUUUCGUCAAUAGCAAAACAGUUCGGCCUUGAGCCUGCGAUUGCAAACGACAGCAAAUGGGCUCUGUGUUGGCAGGCCUCCACUCAUGGCUGGGCUGCCAGUACCUUCCACAGCAGAUGUGAUGGGAAAAACCAUACGAUUACAAUCAUCAAAAAAGACCAGUACGUGUUCGGAGGGUACACUGAUAUUCCUUGGGGUAAGUGUUCCUUUGUUUUUUUUUGCUUUGUUUUAUUUUUUAGUUGAGGGUUUUUUUUUGUUGUUAUCGAUAAAAAGCAGAAAAUUGACCGAACCCAGAACCUACAGUGUGUGCCUAUCAUAAUUUUACUUCGGUAGAGUCUUUACUUUAGUCAAAUAUAGUUAUUUUUCCAUGAUCGUGACAUUAAAGUCAAGUUAACCAAAGUUAGCGUUUUCGGUCACAUCUCGUUGUUAAACCUUCACAACAGUACAUGCCCUAAUUAAUUAUGGAAACAAUGUAAAUGAAGCUUCUAACAAGCCCAAGGUUUUUUUAAGAAGUAGAAUUAUAUUUAAGCAAUAGAAAACGUUUUCCGUGGUUGCAUAGCCUGAUAUAAACACGAGAGGGGUUGGAAGAAUUCGACGACAGUUAUGCCCACCCAAGACGAAGUCUAGGGAUUGCAUAACUGUCGAGAAUUCUCCCAACCUCUCGAGUGUUUAUAUCAGGAUAUGCAAACACAGGGGAAAAGUUUUCUAUUGCUGUUAUAAAAUAACUUUCCUGAGGAAAAAGCAAAACUCUCUUGUUUAGAGAACUGAUUAAAAGACAAAUUCUUACCAGUCGCGAAGUCUUGUACACGAAGCUUGUACGCGUAAUCUGUCCUUGUUUUGCAAAAAAGAUGCUUUUCAAAAUACGGGUUUUUCUCGCUUAAAAUAUCAGCUCCAGCGAAAAAAAUUGACACAGCAUGUCUCUGAAGAUUUUCCGAGUUUCAGCCGGCGAGGAAAUGGCUAAAUAAUGUAAACUUGUCGAGGUUUUCAACUCAAAACCUUUUUUAAAUUCGUGCUUGCGUGAUUAGCGCGCGAAAAGCAAAAGACCUUGACGUCAGAACCAUGUUUACAUACUCUGAUGCAAACACGUCUCUCGGCCAAUCAGAGCGCGCGUACUAUCUUAGUUAUUUUAUAAAUAGAUUCAUCCAGGGCUAAAAGCGAAGCACUCUUUAAUAUUGAUUGUUUCCUCAAAGAAAAUAUAAAAUCGAGUAAUACUAAAGACAGGGUUAAAACAACGAGAGCAGUAUAAAACAACAACAAUAGAUCUAAUUAGCAAAAAAACAACAACAACAACAAAUUUGCACGUGCAGCACACUUUUUUCUAAUUAGCAAGAAAACAACGGUGCACGUGCAGCACACUUUUUGGUACACUUCCUUGCCGUUGUUUUGCACGACUAAAACGUGAAACUUCCUCUAACUACCUAUUUAACCGUCUUAUGGAGGAAAUGUUUGUGGUCCUGUUCACCCUGUUCUUUCACUGCCGCUCAUUUUCACUUUCGUAGUCGCUAGCAUUUCUUAUUUUCUAACCGCCGCUAUAUUAUUGUCAUGUUUUUCUUUCAACGAAAUUGGUCGCUCUAGCUCUUUCCCUGUUAUCUAAGUUAAUGUAGGCAUUAAAAUUCAGUGGAAAGAAAGACUCGUUAUUUUAUUAUUAUUAUUAUUAUUAUUAUUAUUAUUAUUAUUAUUAUUAUUAUUAUUAUUAUUUGUCUCUAAACGCCGGGGCGGCCACGUGAUUUACCACUUGUGCAUAUAACUUUAAACUACUAGUAGCCCGACUGACAGCCCUGCCCGGUGAAAGCGUAGUUUCAUUUACUUUUUUUUUUAAGUGUGCCUUAUUUUUUAAGCUUAUAUUUCGGGGCAAAACGACUAGCCUUUCAUCUGAGUCCGCGAGAUGAUCACGUGAUAAUUAUCAGCGGAUAUUUGAUUUUGACAGCUGUCAAUUCAUCCUCAUACGGAUGGCUUACAUAGCUGACAGGCCGGGCUAGUGUCAGUUUGUGCAAGAUCUAAUGUGACAUUUGACAUCAGCUUAAAUGAAGUUUACGUACGGGCGGGCGUACGCUACGUCAUAACUACAUUUUCUCGGAUGGAUAGUUCACCAAAUUCUCUUACCCAUGGUGUUAGGCUGUGCUAGCUCCGCUAUGAGUUAAUUUAGCAAAGUCCUGGAGAAAAGAACAGGGACAACGUGGAUGGUUACAUUUAUAAACUCCGGCAGGUUGUUGCGUGUGAGGUGUGUUGUUGUGGAGCGUGGAGUGUACCAAAAGGUCACGAAGGUUUGCGUGACGUCUUCGUCAUCGCCUUGCCGUAAGGAUCAGUUUGCCGUUUCAUGAUUGUUUAUUUCAUUCUAUAAGCUGUUAGGUGGCUGUCUGUUAUGGUUAACUUCGCCUUUUUGUACUAUACAAUAUUUCUGUCUGGUCAAGGUUUUAGUGCAGCCCAGUGAAGGCCUUUCGGCGUCUAUUUUUGUUUAAUUUUAUUAUUUUUUAUCUACCCGGAGUCUUGAAAACCGGGUUAGCAAACAUUUUGUAAUUUUUCUGAACUUGCCCUGUCUAAUAGCUUGUUUACUGUGUUGUUUACUUAUGUCUUCUUUUUUCUUUUUUCUUUUUUUUUGGCUUGUCUUGCGGUUAGGGAUUUGUAUAGAAGUGGAUGUAGACUGAAUUACUAACUUACCGCUCCCCCCCUCCCUAUUUUUUUUUCCCUACCCACAAUUGUUUCUUUAACACAAGUGACAGUUAUUUGAAAUCUACUCGCGCCUAAAGCUGGUUUCGGUGCCGUUUAGCAGUCUAGUUUUAUAUUUUGGUCACCUUGAGAAAAGUUUCCCGGAGAGCAUCAUGUAAAGCUCUGAGAUGGGACAAAGUUAUUACGAUUCGCAGAGCCUGCAUCGUCCAAUAUCGUAUUAUAUUCUCCUUUCAUUUGGCUAAACGGAUCAAUCACCCUGAUCCGGGCUGAAACAGAAAGGUACUAUAUUGUUCGCUUUUCUAAGGUGACCACUGAGUCUUUGGCCUCGGAAACAGGCUCUUAGGAGUCAAAUGAAUUAGGUGAGAGCAAAGUUGCAGGUGAAUUUUGACUCGGGCCAAGAAAACAAGGAAAACAAGGCUAAGGUGUGAAAACAAGGCUAAGGUGAUCCGCCGACCGUGUGACUCUACAUCCGGGAACUUGAAUAAGGCCAGUGGAAGAGAAAAGUCCAGAAGUGUUUACCUUGUGGCAAUAGGCUCAGUUUUUCCGAGUUAUUCGAUGAUAUUCCGCUUAUGUUAAACGUGAGAAGAUUAUGCGUGGUUGUGGAUAGUCUUAUCAGUGCCGCGAAAGUGUGUGAUUGUGUGAUUUCCGCAUGGUGUUGACAGGUAUAUGAUCGCGUGGUUGAACUAGGGUUUCGCCAAAAUAUUCUGUGCCAGCCAUUAAUAUUGUUUCGUCGGUGUUUAGCUUAGCUGAUUGUACGUUGGAAAAGCAACUCCCGACUCAGGAAAAUUGGAUCUAGGUCUAGUUUCAGCGGGCUCUAAUGGCAUUGCACCAUAGGCCGGUUUUUGCAGAUAAGAAGGUGAUAAUUUGUGCACUAUGUUUCAUUCAGUUUGUGGUCUAUUUCAUGCGGAAUCCUGUUGUUUAUUGAACCGCGAAAAAAGUAGUGUUUUGCUAACUAUUUAAGUUGUUAUGUAAGCCAAGGCACUCUUUCGCUGCAGUUCACUCAACUUAAAAAUUUCUAGACUGACACUGGUUUGAAACUUCGCGAAGUCGGUUUACUGAAUAAAUGUUCUAAAAUUUGCGUCAUUUUAAAUUGGACUCAAUGGAAUGCUUCUAGGGACCAUUAACUUACUGCCCGGCGUCAGAUAAAGGCUUUUAAUCGGCCUUUGAAUGAGUUUUGUUGUUUUAAAUUGCCAAGUAGUAGAAUGAGCUGAUAUUUUUGCUAACCCGGUUUUAAAAAAUCCAGGUAUGUUUAUUUGUUUAUCAUUUAUUUAUUUUUAUGUAGCUCUGAGUUUUUAUGAUAGCAGGGGAAAUCAGAAAUACGCUUGGACACUAUUUUAUUGAUAUGCUUCCUCGUGGAGACGGGACAGCUAUUUGUACGUGGUCAUGAGCUAAGCGAUAGUGUAGCCGUAGGUAGGGCGGGGGCAACUAGUACUUUCAUUUCUCAGUUAUUUCAAAAUCCUGGGUAUUAUUCCAGGCCCUGGAAGUGAGCCCGCGACCUCCCGCUUUGCAAUCAAGCGCUUUACCCCACUGAGCUUAUCCUGCCGCGGUAUAAACACGGUUGUUUUAGAUUUUUUCCACGAUACAUAACCAAGCGUGAGAUAAGUUCUUACUUUGCCUUUUAUUUUUAGGUUUCAUUUCGUCAAUAGCAAAACAGUUCGGCCUUGAGCCUGCGAUUGGAAACGACAGCAAAUGGGCUCUGUGUUGGCAGGCCUCCACUCAUGGCUGGGCUGCCAGUACCUUCCACAGCAGAUGUGAUGGGAAAAACCAUACGAUUACAAUCAUCAAAAAAGACCAGUACGUGUUCGGAGGGUACACUGAUAUUCCUUGGGGUAAGUGUUCCUUUGUUUUUUUUUGCUUUGUUUUAUUUUUUAGUUGAGGGUUUUUUUUUGUUGUUAUCGAUAAAAAGCAGAAAAUUGACCGAACCCAGAACCUACAGUGUGUGCCUAUCAUAAUUUUACUUCGGUAGAGUCUUUACUUUAGUCAAAUAUAGUUAUUUUUCCGUGAUCGUGACAUUAAAGUCAAGUUAACCAAAGUUAGCGUUUUCGGUCACAUCUCGUUGUUAAACCUUCACAACAUACCCUAAUUAAUUAUGGAAACAAUGUAAAUGAAGCUUCUAACAAGCCCAAGCUUUUUUAAGAAGUAGAAUUAUAUUUAAGCAAUAGAAAACGUUUUCCGUGGUUGCAUAGCCUGAUAUAAACACGAGAGGGGUUGGAAGAAUUCGAGACAGUUAUGCCCACCCGAGACGAAGUCUAGGGAUUGCAUAACUGUCGAGAAUUCUCCCAACCUCUCGAGUGUUUAUAUCAGGAUAUGCAAACACAGGGGAAAAGUUUUCUAUUGCUGUUAUAAAAUAACUUUCCUGAGGAAAAAGCAAAACUCUCUUGUUUAGAGAACUGAUUAAAAGACAAAUUCUUACCAGUCGCGAAGUCUUGUACACGAAGCUUGUACGCGUAAUCUGUCCUUGUUUUGCAAAAAAAAUGCUUUCCAAAAUACGGGUUUUUCUCGCUUAAAAUAUCAGCUCCAGCGAAAAAAAUUGACACAGCAUGUCUCUGAAGAUUUUCCGAGUUUCAGCCGGCGAGGAAAUGGCUAAAUAAUGUAAACUUGUCGAGGUUUUCAACUCAAAACCUUUUUUAAAUUCGUGCUUGCGUGAUUAGCGCGCGAAAAGCAAAAGACCUUGACGUCAGAACCAUGUUUACAUACUCUGAUGCAAACACGUCUCUCGGCCAAUCAGAGCGCGCGUACUAUCUUAGUUAUUUUAUAAAUAGAUUCAUCCAGGGCUAAAAGCGAAGCACUCUUUAAUAUUGAUUGUUUCCUCAAAGAAAAUAUAAAAUCGAGUAAUACUAAAGACAGGGUUAAAACAACGAGAGCAGUAUAAAACAACAACAAUAGAUCUAAUUAGCAAAAAAACAACAACAACAAAUUUGCACGUGCAGCACACUUUUUUCUAAUUAGCAAGAAAACAACUGAGCACGUGCAGCACACUUUUUGGUACAUUUCCUUGCCGUUGUUUUGCACGACUAAAACGUGAAACUUCUUUUAACUACCUAUUUAACCGUCUUAUGGAGAAAAUGUUUGUGGUCCUGUUCACCCUGUUCUUUCACUGCCGCUCAUUUUCACUUUCGUAGUCGCUAGCAUUUCUUAUUUUCUAACCGCCGCUAUAUUAUUGUCAUGUUUUUCUUUCAACGAAAUUGGUCGCUCUAGCUCUUUCCCUGUUAUCUAAGUUAAUGUAGGCAUUAAAAUUCAGUGGAAAGAAAGACUCGUUAUUUUAUUAUUAUUAUUAUUAUUAUUAUUAUUAUUAUUAUUAUUAUUAUUAUUAUUAUUAUUUGUCUCUAAACGCCGGGGCGGCCACGUGAUUUACCACUUGUGCAUAUAACUUUAAACUACUAGUAGCCCGACUGACAGCCCUGCCCGGUGAAAGCGUAGUUUCAUUUACUUUUUUUUUUAAGUGUGCCUUAUUUUUUAAGCUUAUAUUUCGGGGCAAAACGACUAGCCUUUCAUCUGAGUCCGCGAGAUGAUCACGUGAUAAUUAUCAGCGGAUAUUUGAUUUUGACAGCUGUCAAUUCAUCCUCAUACGGAUGGCUUACAUAGCUGACAGGCCGGGCUAGUGUCAGUUUGUGCAAGAUCUAAUGUGACAUUUGACAUCAGCUUAAAUGAAGUUUACGUACGGGCGGGCGUACGCUACGUCAUAACUACAUUUUCUCGGAUGGAUAGUUCACCAAAUUCUCUUACCCAUGGUGUUAGGCUGUGCUAGCUCCGCUAUGAGUUAAUUUAGCAAAGUCCUGGAGAAAAGAACAGGGACAACGUGGAUGGUUACAUUUAUAAACUCCGGCAGGUUGUUGCGUGUGAGGUGUGUUGUUGUGGAGCGUGGAGUGUACCAAAAGGUCACGAAGGUUUGCGUGACGUCUUCGUCAUCGCCUUGCCGUAAGGAUCAGUUUGCCGUUUCAUGAUUGUUUAUUUCAUUCUAUAAGCUGUUAGGUGGCUGUCUGUUAUGGUUAACUUCGCCUUUUUGUACUAUACAAUAUUUCUGUCUGGUCAAGGUUUUAGUGCAGCCCAGUGAAGGCCUUUCGGCGUCUAUUUUUGUUUAAUUUUAUUAUUUUUUAUCUACCCGGAGUCUUGAAAACCGGGUUAGCAAACAUUUUGUAAUUUUUCUGAACUUGCCCUGUCUAAUAGCUUGUUUACUGUGUUGUUUACUUAUGUCUUCUUUUUUCUUUUUUCUUUUUUUUUGGCUUGUCUUGCGGUUAGGGAUUUGUAUAGAAGUGGAUGUAGACUGAAUUACUAACUUACCGCUCCCCCCCUCCCUAUUUUUUUUUCCCUACCCACAAUUGUUUCUUUAACACAAGUGACAGUUAUUUGAAAUCUACUCGCGCCUAAAGCUGGUUUCGGUGCCGUUUAGCAGUCUAGCUUUAUAUUUUGGUCACCUUGAGAAAAGUUUCCCGGAGAGCAUCAUGUAAAGCUCUGAGAUGGGACAAAGUUAUUACGAUUCGCAGAGCCUGCAUCGUCCAAUAUCGUAUUAUAUUCUCCUUUCAUUUGGCUAAACGGAUCAAUCACCCUGAUCCGGGCUGAAACAGAAAGGUACUAUAUUGUUCGCUUUUCUAAGGUGACCACUAAGUCUUUGGCCUCGGGAACAGGCUCUUAGGAGUCAAAUGAAUUAGGUGAGAGCAAAGUUGCAGGUGAAUUUUGACUCGGGCCAAGAAAACAAGGAAAACAAGGCUAAGGUGUGAAAACAAGGCUAAGGUGAUCCGCCGACCGUGUGACUCUACAUCCGGGAACUUGAAUAAGGCCAGUGGAAGAGAAAAGUCCAGAAGUGUUUACCUUGUGGCAAUAGGCUCAGUUUUUCCGAGUUAUUCGAUGAUAUUCCGCUUAUGUUAAACGUGAGAAGAUUAUGCGUGGUUGUGGAUAGUCUUAUCAGUGCCGCGAAAGUGUGUGAUUGUGUGAUUUCCGCAUGGUGUUGACAGGUAUAUGAUCGCGUGGUUGAACUAGGGUUUCGCCAAAAUAUUCUGUGCCAGCCAUUAAUAUUGUUUCGUCGGUGUUUAGCUUAGCUGAUUGUACGUUGGAAAAGCAACUCCCGACUCAGGAAAAUUGGAUCUAGGUCUAGUUUCAGCGGGCUCUAAUGGCAUUGCACCAUAGGCCGGUUUUUGCAGAUAAGAAGGUGAUAAUUUGUGCACUAUGUUUCAUUCAGUUUGUGGUCUAUUUCAUGCGGAAUCCUGUUGUUUAUUGAACCGCGAAAAAAGUAGUGUUUUGCUAACUAUUUAAGUUGUUAUGUAAGCCAAGGCACUCUUUCGCUGCAGUUCACUCAACUUAAAAAUUUCUAGAGUGACACUGGUUUGAAACUUCGCGAAGUCAGUUUACUGAAUAAAUGUUCUAAAAUUUGCGUCAUUUUAAAUUGGACUCAAUGGAAUGCUUCUAGGGACCAUUAACUUACUGCCCGGCGUCAGAUAAAGGCUUUUAAUCGGCCUUUGAAUGAGUUUUGUUGUUUUAAAUUGCCAAGUAGUAGAAUGAGCUGAUAUUUUUGCUAACCCGGUUUUAAAAAAUCCAGGUAUGUUUAUUUGUUUAUCAUUUAUUUAUUUUUAUGUAGCUCUGAGUUUUUAUGAUAGCAGGGGAAAUCAGAAAUACGCUCGGCCAGGUGUUUGACACAGAAGCAAGUAAAAGAGCUUGGCAAAAAGAACCUGGUGGGAAUGCUCGCCGUCUCGUUUAGGGGUGUAAAUUUCGUAUUUUGGUCUCUUUUAGGGUGUUCUGGGCAAAACGCGUGUUUUUUUUUUUUACUCUGGCAAUAUUUUGGGGUAGUAAUUAGUAAUAAAGGCUAAAUAGGAUCUAGCACCUAUUACUAGAGAUAUAGCAGCCAUAAUUACGAACAAAAAAUAGACAAACUUAAUAUUUGAUCAGCAAAUAAAAAGCCUUUUUUAUCACAACUGUGUUAUAAUAAGGACUGCCCAACAACAUUGACUGCAGAAUGUACAUAUGUAGUGGUGCAGCAUUUUCUUAUGAUAUAAAUUUUCAAACCAAAAUUGUAAAGCCUCACAAAGAACCAGCUCGAUCUCGCUUGGCUCAACAUGUUCUUAUACUUUUGGGUAUGGAGUUGAAAUAGCAAAUUUCUGCUAUCAGGUUCGUUGACUAGGUUAUCACACGAGUAGGACAACCUUUGAAUAAUGUUAAGUUCACCUUCAUAGACAUGGGAUGGACAGGGAUGGUGCAUUUUCACAGGCGAGGCUAAAUAAAAGGGGAAAAUAAGUCGGGGAGGAAUGACGUGUUGAAAAUUAGCUGGUUGAAAGUAGCAAUAAAUUUGCUGAUUGUUAAUUAUAGUUUGUUUCCUUUUUAUUGUUUUUUUUUUCUCUUUUUAGCGUCUGUAGAGGCAUCUGUUGCCAGUUCCAAGUCGUUUAUUUUCUCUCUCCGGGACAAAGAGGGGCUUGCACCCUUUAAGAGCAUGGUAACAGAUCCAUCAAGAGCAAUUUACGAUUCGCCAGGUUACGGUCCAACAUUUGGUUGGGGGUAUGACAUAAAUAUUGUUGACAACGCCAAUCAGAAUACUAAUUCAUACACUGGUUUUGGCACCUCUUACGCUGUUCCAAGUGGAGUUACAGACCGUCAUACAAUCCUGGCUGGAACUUGUUCAUUUUCACCUGACGAGGUUGAGGUAUUUUAUCUCGCUUAA